AUGAUGUCAGCAUUGACUAUCUCGUCAUUGGCCGAAAUAUGUCCGGCGCCUGUCCCAGUCUUCCUCGUUGACCGACUAGAUUAUUGCCCAGCCAUGCUGAACAUCAUGGAGCCUGCCAAGUCAGUCGUCGUAGAGAACCUAUAUUCUCUGAUCCUCAAUUUCACCGCUGGAUCUCCCUCCAAGAACAUUGAAGGUCUAUCCCUCAACCUCGACACUGGACAGAUUCCAAGUUACAGGGAAAGGUGGCUCGUUUUGGAUCGUGGUACGACUUUGAUGAAAGCAGCGCCCAUUUAUGUGGCUACCAUCGGGCCUGUGAUGACAGCAAGUACCACAGAAUCAGACAACGCAUUUUUUCCUUGA